UACGCCGUACGCCGGUGGUUGGUACUAAAUAUACCGAAAGCUAAUUAAUUAGUAAGCACGUGACCGUCAUCUUAUUCUCUGUCAGGCUUCAGCGCCAGCUGCUAGACUCGCUUGUCCCCCCCAAAAUCCUCAGCUGGUCAUAAUGCACCCCACAGGAUCAUUUGGUGAUAUGGGUGUGGCGCCUCCUCUCAGUGCUGCCCUUGCUCGUAUGUCUAUACGAGCCCCAACAGAGAUCCAAGCUGCCUGCAUUCCUCCCCUUCUCGAAGGAAGAGAUUGCAUAGGAAAUGCAAAGACAGGUUCUGGGAAGACUAUAGCAUUUGCAAUCCCAAUCCUGCAGAAGUUAUCUGAGGAUCCAUAUGGCAUAUUCGCGCUAGUACUGACACCUACGAGGGAACUGGCAUUCCAGAUAUCCGAACAAUUUGCAGUGCUUGGUGCUGCAAUAGGCGUCCGAACGUCUGUCGUUGUCGGUGGCAUGGAUAUGAUGACACAAGCUUUAGAACUGGGUGGCCUUCCCCAUGUUGUAGUAGCCACGCCCGGGCGUAUGGUUGACCACUUGCGGAGUAGCAACGGCGAAUGGAAUUUGUCUCGUGUAAAGUUCCUUGUAUUAGAUGAAGCGGAUCGUCUCCUUACAUCGACUUUUUCCCCCGAACUCAAAUUUUUAUUUGAGACUCUGCCAAGCGAUCGGCAAACCUGUCUUUUUACUGCUACCCUGACAGAAGCAAUUGAGUCCUUGAUUGAAGCCCCGCCGAGAUCUGGAAAGGUGAAGCCUUUUGUGCAUAGAACGUUAUCAACUGUCGAAACAGUCGCGACGCUAAAGCAACAUUACGUUCUGGUUCCUUCGCACGUGCGCGAGCCGUAUCUCUAUCAUUUACUUUGUAAUCCUCCAGAAAGUAUCGCAUCACUCCGGAGGGUAACCCCAGAGCCAAUAAAACCGGGAAAAUCCAGAGGAAAAACGAGAACAUCGCAAAAACCCGGUCCAGAUGAGGAUAUACCCAUACAACCACCACCUACCAUCAUAUUCUGCACGAAGCCUCGGACUGCUGCUUAUAUUACCCAUCUACUUCAGACAUUGUCUAUUCGCAGCACCGCGCUGCAUUCAAGAUUGACACAACGGGAACGGUUGACGUCAUUGUCACUUUUUCGGUCAUCUUUUAUCCCAGUUCUUGUAUCGACAGAUGUUGGCGCCCGUGGUUUGGACAUUGAGGACGUGGCAAUGGUCAUCAACUGGGACCUACCGAAUGAGCCUGAAGAAUACACUCACCGAGUCGGAAGAACUGCACGUGCUGGUAAAGGUGGUGUUGCUAUUAGUUUUGUGACCGAAAAGGAUGAAGAGCGUGUAUCACGAAUAGAAGCACGGAUUGGGGUGCAAUUAGAGGCUAUGACCAUGCCAGAAAACAUGGUUUUAGAAAAAUUGAAUGCCGUAUCCACAGCGAAAAGGCUAGCGAAUAUGGAAUUACACGAUUCAAAUUUUGGCCAACGAGAAGAAAUACAUAAACUGAAGUGUAGGAGAAAAGCCGAGGCAUGAUGAUUUAUGUAUUUUCCCCCCGAUGAUGAUGGGCUGGUAGCUGACAGCGGGUCAAAGUUUGGGAGUUGAUGCUUGGUUGGGCCCGUAAUGAUCUGGGUUCUUCUGGAAAGAUGCAGGGAUCGGAAACAGCCGAAUAUUAUGAUAGUUCGCUCCUAUCGAUUCCGUGCUAAACGGUUCGAAUACUGCGGAAUAGAAUGUCAGGAAGUUGAGCCGCGAUGCCGCUGAAAUUGAAUUUGCAAAACGACCCUUCAUACUUUAAA